AUGCAGGCCUUGACAUCUCAAGCACUCGUCAAGUGGUUAGAUCUCAGUGGAGCGGGAAGAAUCGAAACUACUACCCUGCGCUUAAAUAUCGCCCUACUGGAGAGUUUUCCGGAUGACUCAAGAUACUGGCAUCGCCAGUUGGAGAUUAAGAUGCUUCCAUUGCCCUCCAAUAACAUUCUUCAAACUCCAAUCAACAAAUGUGCCAGUAAAUUGGCAAGCAAUUGCAUGACUUUCGGGCAUCGAGGCCCCAUGAUUGUCAUUCACAGAAACAAAGGAACCAGAUCCAUAGGAGAUGUUCAGCCCUCAGACCUUCGCAUUGUUGCAGACUGGUUGUGCCGCCACGUACCACCAGGAAUGAAAGAUUAUCAAAUCAAAUACAGCUUCCAAGGUUUCACCAACGAAAUCAAGAUCCUUGAAGAGUUACAUUACGCAGAGAAGUCUGCCGCGCCAAAAGUAUCGGCUGUGCGCAUGCAUUGUGAGGGUGGAACGAAAAUCUUGAAAUUUCCCAAAUAUGAGAGCAUCGAAACUUCCACUGCAGAUUAUGCAUUUCUCCAUGAAGAAACAGAAUGCACCAAAGCCCUGGGAAUUGGAUUGGUACUUCGUCCAUUCAAUGAGCCGUACGAUUAUCAGAACUUCGAGGGCCAGCAUGAAUUAGCUUUGAGAACGAAUACUUUAGUUCCUCACCGCAAUGAAGAAGUAUUAUUUCUGCUUUUGACAAUUGACCCGGAAGAUAAGAGCUGGGGUGGUUUAUCUCCAAGAGACAUGAUGGGAUUUCCCCUCCAAGAAAUAGGAAGCUUUCAGGUCGUAAGAAAAGACAAAAAGUCAAUCACUGUCCAUCAAGUUGAAGUAGUCGCCAAUUACUUUCGUCGUGUCGUCUACGUUGAAAUGGGAAAUUUGAUUCAUGAAUACAAAGACGGAAUAUCACCAACUGUCGAAAAAGAGAAAGUCACGAAGGACCUCCUGAAUAGGGAUGCUUUGGAUAGAUAUUUUGAGGAAUUCAAGAAAGCUAAGAUUGAAGCAGGAGAUCAAUCAUGGACUGGUGCUAUCAGUCCUUUUGAUGUUUAG